AUGGUGUCGCAACUGGGGCUAUGGGUGAAGGGAAGUUUGCAACCAGAAAACGACGAAAGAGUUCCGAGAAGAAAGAGGGAGGAAAACAACCACCAGGGAUCGCCUGCUGGGCCAGCGGCAGACGUCCGUGGAGGCAUAUACGCCACCUUGCAGCACACUCAAAGAAGUCGCAAAGACGUGCCACUGCACUGCCAUUGCUUCUUAUAUCAACAGCGACAGCCUCUGUCAACGAAAGUCGACUGGCGGAUUCAUGACUCUAGGGCCCGGCGUCGCUGCACAUACGCGCCGAACAAUACGGCAGCCCAAAGAACCAGUGACCGUGCUCUGCUCACCGACCAGGUGCGCAUCACAGGCGCUCACGGUUUAGAGUUAGGCCAGGCCGUCGUUGCGUCCCCGGCCCUCGCUGUGCCACAUCUGUACGACGUUUGCAUGCUGUACCUGGCCGCAGAAGCAAACGAGAAUUGA